ACCAACUUCAACAGUAUCAUCAAACACUUACAUUUCUCUUGAUAUAAACACAAUGGCAGCUGCAACAAUGGCUCUUUCUUCCCCUUCUUUUGCUGGACAGGCGGUGAAACUCUCACCCUCUGCCUCAGAAAUCUCUGGAAAUGGAAGGAUCACUAUGAGAAAGGCUGUCGCCAAGUCAGCCCCAUCUAGCAGCCCAUGGUAUGGCCCUGACCGUGUUAAGUACUUGGGACCAUUCUCUGGUGAGUCACCAAGCUACUUGACCGGUGAAUUCCCUGGUGACUACGGCUGGGAUACCGCUGGACUUUCAGCAGACCCAGAAACCUUUGCCAAGAACCGCGAACUUGAGGUGAUCCACUGCAGAUGGGCUAUGCUUGGUGCUCUUGGCUGUGUCUUCCCUGAGCUAUUGGCUCGUAACGGCGUCAAGUUCGGUGAGGCUGUGUGGUUCAAAGCUGGAUCCCAAAUCUUCAGUGAGGGUGGACUUGACUACUUGGGCAACCCAAGCUUGGUCCAUGCACAAAGCAUCUUGGCCAUCUGGGCUUGCCAAGUUGUACUCAUGGGAGCCGUUGAAGGUUACCGUAUUGCUGGUGGCCCUCUUGGUGAGGUUGUCGACCCACUCUACCCUGGUGGCAGCUUCGACCCACUGGGUCUUGCUGAAGACCCAGAGGCAUUUGCUGAGCUCAAGGUAAAGGAGAUCAAGAACGGUAGACUUGCCAUGUUCUCUAUGUUCGGAUUCUUCGUUCAAGCUAUUGUUACCGGAAAGGGUCCAUUGGAGAACCUUGCUGACCACCUUGCAGACCCCGUUAACAACAACGCUUGGGCUUUUGCCACAAACUUUGUCCCCGGAAAAUGAAACUUUUUAAACAAUCUUAAUAUUCCUUGUAAAGUAGUAGUGAGUUACUUGACAAUAGAAUGGAUUGUUUUUCUUUAAUAUUUCAAUGUUUGUGUAGUACUGAGUAACAUCUUACUAAGCUAUGAAUCAAAUGUUGCCACUUUCAU